AAGCAUAUUUCACUGUGAAAUAAAGGAAAAUCCUGUGAAAAUGGUUUCCGUGUACGUCGGACUGAGAUUCCCCGUGGAAACCUACGCAUCUUAUGAGAGAUUUGCGGUAAAUGAUGUGAUUCUAUCAUUAAACUGUGAUUCUCUGAAGAUUGCCGUGGCCAAGAAGGUGAAAAUUCCCACCAAAGAUAUCGAAUUGAUCUACUGCGGACGACCAAUCUGUGAUGGAUUGAGUUUGGAGAGUCAAGGUGUGAAGCCAGGUGUGACGAUUCAUGCAAUGCAGAAGGCGCCACAGAAAAGUCCCCCGAAGCGCCCCACUAUUACGCCGGAGCAGAAACAGAAGAUUGUGACACAGUUCCAGACACUCCUCAGCAGCCACUUCCAGCGCAUCUCGCGACCAGAGGUGCUGCAAGAAGUGUUGGAUCAGUUUCCAGGCUUCUACAGCAAUCUCGGCGCUCUGGCCUUCCUGCGGGAUCCCAUCCUUCUGUCCUCAAUGCAGGACCCUGAGAAUCUCGAGAAGAUCCUCGAGAACUACAGUAUUCUCGUUGAGGCGGCUCCGAUGAUCGCGAAAGUGCUGAAGGGCGCCGAGAAGGCCAAGAGCGACACUCCUCAGGAGGCUUACGCCGGAGAUGAUCAGCUGUCGGACUCCUCGUCGGGUUCAGACAGCAUUCUGCCCUCUCCUGCCACGUCAUACGAGAACAGGAACACCCCAAGACGCAUUACACGGCAGCAAUUGGGCGCUGCCUUGGCACUGGCGACUGAAUACACAUCCCGGAACUCCCUCUCGAACAUCGCACAGCGGAAUUUGGACGAGAACGCCGAGUCUGGCGAGCAAAAUCCCACCCCUGGACCCUCAACCAGUUCUCGAGCUGCGCCCAUCUCCACCAGCAUGCUCAAUGACGUACUGUCGCGCAUCGGCACCGCGCCUGGGAGUCAGCAAGCGUCCUCAGAAUCUCCAGCCACGGGCCAGGCAGUGCCUCCGGCGCAGCAGUUCGCCGCUGAAUUGCAGAGGAUGCGCGAGAUGGGCUUCCUGGACGACAGGGUGAAUCUGCAGGCGCUGCAGGUGUGCAACGGUGACGUGGAGGCGGCCAUCAAUCUCGUGUUCAGUGAUGAAUUGUAAUAGAAAAUGCCAAUUGAAAUUCUAAUCUUGCUGCUCAGUAUAUUCUCGUCAAGUACCACACAUUUUGGGAAUGACUUUCUCAUGUA